AUGUCAACAGAAACGAUAUCAAAGAAUGGUGAUGAAGAGGAUAUAAAUAAUCGAAAAAGAGCGUUACCAUCAUCGUCUAACAAUAACAAUAAUAAUACUAAUAACAUGAGACAUGCUUCAACUAAUAAUUACUCAUCACUUCGUCGAGAUCUGCUACUAUCUAAUUUUGAUCGAACGAUGAUUGUUGAAAAAGCAAAGUUUGAACCAACGUUUAAUGAAGAACAAGCUCCUAGAAUUGACAUUAGCAAUUCGGACAUAGUUAUAGAAGAUACUGAGACUAAUAAUGCUUCACCAACUAUGACAACCUAUGCCCUAACUAUGUCACCGUCUGCACCUACUUUCAGUAAUAAUAAUAAUAAUAAUAAUAAUAAUAAUAGUUCAUCACUUUUGUUAGCAAAUCCUUUAACAGUAACACAAUCCAUGAAUGAUAAUAGAAAAAAAACAAAUAUGAAGAAAUUAAAAAAGAAAGCAUCAAAAACGAUUAUACAUGGUACAGCCAGUCCUGCUGAAGUAUUCCAUAGAAAUUUAGUUGAUGCUGUAUCUAAUGUAGAAGAUUCUGAUGAAAAUGAACAUUAUGUAUACCCUUAUAGCGGAUAUGAAUCUUCUACUCCAAAUAAUGGCAUUCAUCGUCCACUCUCAAUUAGAUCAACACCUGCGAGUAGUCUAUUAAAUGACUAUUACUAUCCAACCAAUAAAAGCAAAAGAAAAUUAUUUGAAAAAAAGGGAGGUGGAGGGUUUCGAGAAUGGUUAAGGAAGACAUUAUAUUAUCGAUCUUCAUUAGAUACAACAACAGUAGCAGAAGAAGAAGAUGUUUGCUAUUCCUCAGGUGGAGAACAACAACGUCCAAAAUUACGUAGUCAUGUAAAGGAACAUCAUGAACCAAAACCAAGUUUAUUAAAUCUAUGGAAAGAUGGAUUUAUGAGUCAUCAAAAGCAACCUCCUUAUUAUCAUUAUAAUGGAAAAUUAUUGAUAGGAAAUUCCACUCAUCAUCAUCAUGGUGGUGGCUAUACAAGUGAUGAUGAAGAUGUACCUCUUUUAUAUAACAGAAGACAACAAAAGCGAUAUAACAGUAAUAACAAGAAGAAAUGUAAAAAGUCAAACUUAUUGAGAAAUCUGAUUUUAAUAUUUGUAUCAAGUCUUAUCAUUUUAAUACUCAUAGUAGCUUAUCGAGCACAGCCAUUAAAAGAAAUUACAAUCAGUAUGGGUCGAGUACUUGCGACAGAUAAAGAGCUUAUUUUUGAUUUAAAGGUACAAGCGGAGAAUUGGAAUGCAUGGACAAUUCAUGUCGUUGAUGCAGACAUUAGUGUUUUUGCAUUUAGUCAAAUUGUACCUAGUUCAACACAUAUAGAAGGUGUAGAUCCUGCAGAAUAUUUAGGUGGUUUAACUCAUUUUGAUGAACCAUUAUCCAUUCAAUCCAAUUUAUUUAAUGAAGGUCCGAUUGAAGCUAUUACACAAAUACGAAUCAAAUCCCCUGGAGCAGAUACAAGUGGAAAUGAAAGAUGGUCUCGUAUGAUCCGAUAUCCGUAUGGGCUUGUUGUUAGAGGCGUAUUAAAGUAUAAACCAAUCCCUUUCAUAGUGGGGACUUAUCCCCAGUCAGCCGCUAUUUGUAAUGUGACUCAAAUCGACCCCACAACAGGGAUUAUUUCAAACGAUCCAAAUAAAACUAUUUGUGCCAGUCAAGAUGAUCCUCAUCUUUCUUUCUUUUUUUUUUCUCACGCUCAUAAAUAA